CAUUACAAGUGGUAUACGUAUAUCACAGCUGCCAGUGGAAUUCGAGCGGUGUGACAGUAUUUUCCUAUAUUAUUAAAGUUACCAGCACGGACAUUUAAUGAGGUAAUGUACAUAUCUAGUAACAAAGAAUCACGCCGAGGACUUCCGUGGAACGUCGAGGACAAAUAUCAGUUAGGCGACAGUGUUACACAGAGUAUGACGUCAAGCUAGCCUACACAAACGCUGAACUUACUUCCUUGUUGACAACCUGAAUGCAUGUCUUACCGUUGUGUGGCAAGUGAUUUGUACGGAACAUGUACCUACUCUCUCAACAGCAAAUGGAUACCUAUUUGGAUUAAAGUUUACUGUGUCAAGAGUCCUACUGAUAUCAAACGUGGAACAGUGAAUUACGAAUAGUGAGUGCGCUUAUCAAGUCAAGCUGAACUGUCAACGGUAUGACGAAGUCUGUGAUCGUGUGGAUAUAUGUCACCUAUCUUUGCUACCUUCUUCAGCCAGUUUGUACAGGUGAGACAUAUAUUUAUAUGGAGAAAGAGAAUACUUGGUACAACAUACCUCAGUAAGGCUUGCUAUGGAUCCGAUCCAUCCUGUACUCAGCAUCAUGUCAGCUGCAACUCUACCCAGAAGAUCGCCAUCGUUGACUACUACACUAACAACCCGAAGUGCACACAAGUAGGCCUCUCUAGCUGCGACAAUUACAGUGCGGACGGUGUAACAGAACAUGAAUAUGACAGAUUCAACUACACCGAGAUGUUCUCCCUCUACAAAAAAUGUUCAACAAAGAGUCAGUGUGUGUUUCCAGGUCCCCGGCGGAAUGUAACUCGUACAUUCUCUGUUGUAAAAUAUCAGUGCAUUGAAGAAGGUGAUUCCCUGAACAUCAGCGAAGGUGUUGUAGAGUUAUCUCAAGCCGCGAUUAACCAUGGAAACCAACUGAUGCCCAAUUGCUCAAAACGAAACGACACUUACGUGUGCAGUUUCAAGUCUGAUGACACUGCCACAAGGAUAUAUGCUCUUGAUGUGAGACUGAAUCGAGGAAAUAGACGGAAAUGUUUAUCACAGUUGUCUGUCCGACAUGGGAAUGUCAUCACAACGAAUAAUUGUUCAACAGUGUUCAAACCGUUUGAGAGACUCAACGUAACAACUGAACUCCCUCUACAUAUCCGAUUCAAAGAUAUCCGAAAGCAGUCAUCAAUUUGGCUUUUGAUCAAAGGUACAAACACAAGAACAACAUACAGCCAUGAUUCCACGACAAAUGACAGCAUACCAUCAGGACAGGCAGAAAGUAACGCUGGUGCAAUAGCUGGAGGAGUUGUGGCCACAGUCGCAGUUGUACUGGUUGUCACAUUGGUGUCAGUGUGGAUCAUACGGCACAGACGAGCGAAAAGCGAAGGGAAGGAGAAGACUGCAUCACUUCCGAAGGAUGCAAAGUCUGGCAUGACCUACAGUUUAGCCGGUAAGAUCUCACAGGAAAACUACCAUGAAAUCCAGGACCUGAAGACACACAACAGUGACUAUGACUACGCUACCGCGGACGACAUGGGUCUUCCUCCAACUACAAACACUUACUUCACCAUCGAACCUGCUGGGAAGCUAACUGCAAACGACAAUUCAACACCCUCUGCAGCUGAAGGCGUGUAUGAUCACAUUGGAGACAAGACAUCCCAACAGACCAGUGACUACGAUACAACAGCCUCGGUGGCUCAACCAGGAAAUACUGGAGAAGAUGGUUAUGGUUACAAUCACUUCCAAAAGAAAGCCAACACUCAGACACAACAGAAUGACUACGACACUGCUGCCUCUGCAAACCAGGCAGUUGCCCAACUCAGUUUGGCCGAAAAGAACACAGAUGAAGACGACUAUGACCAUUGUCAUAGGGGAACCAAUGCUUCUGAGACUGUUAGCUCGCCGUAUGAUUCUACAUCUGGAGUAGAGGAUAACCCUGAUUAUUCUGUUGCAGGGCAAAUGAAAUAAGCAUAUCCCGAAAUUGGAAUGUGUAUGCGUGUUCUUGUCGUACUGUACAUAUACAUGUACCUGAACGACUGCACACUCCGUACUUCAUACCUGUCCUUAGUUGAGGUGCCAAAGAAUGUUUCCAGUCAAAUGCUUUUUCGUAUCAGUGUUCAACAUUAUCACAAGAAAGGCGAGAAACAGAUGGCCUAUUCAUAUAAGGUGCGGUAGAUUGCACUGAAAUUUAUCACAAUUUCAGACUGGUUUAUUUAUGAUUUUUGGUUUGCCAGCACCAUCGAGUUAUAUGGACAUAUGCUGAGAUAUUGGUCACUCACAGACGGAAUGAUUAAUCCUUCCUUGAAACGAUUUUAUCAGGUUGGCAUUUCCACUAUUAUCAGUUAUGCCUCUUUGAUAAUAAUUAAUGAAUUUACAUGGAGUAAAUACAUAAUACACUGCAAAUACCAAUUCAGCACCAUUACUGUUUACACAACUAUGUUUACAGCUUAAAAUGAAUAUUUGGCAGAAUUAUGCAACUCUCAUUCAUCGGUUUGUUUCGGGUUUUCAAACUUAGUUUGUCUUCAUAUUUAAAAAUAGUACAUAAAAACACAGAUUAUGUAAUACACGUUGUGGCAACUGUUUCCAGGUUCCAUUUUAGUGCUUGUGGGUACUAUAUUUUGAAUGUUGAGUUCUAUGGUUUCAGUACGUUUUCAAUUCUUCACCACCAGCUCCUGUAUUUAGCUUACAACAUUCACGUACAUCGUCUCCUUUAGAGGACUUUAUAUGAGGAAUACUGAAAUAGGUUUUCUUUAUUGAUUUGAAAGGUAAGAUGCUCAUGAUAAGAGUGGAUCGUGUUUAAGCGUACACAGGUCACAACAAUUAGAACAAUUUCAUAAAUAUUCAUACUUUUGAUUUUAUUCAUGUUUGAAUGUUAGGAAAAUUGAUGUGUACGUCAAUAAAAAUAACCAACAAAAACAAUUAAAACAUGCUGCCAGGCGGAUAACUAAGUGUACAUCAUAUGUUCAACGCUUGUUAUAUUUACACCUUCUCCGGAAACUAGAGAUUUUAUUACUUUUUAGGUUGAAACAUGAUACCUUCAGUGCUUGGGAUAUUUACGAUUACACAUUGUUAGUAAAGUAGAGAUUGGGGUACAUUUUUGGGUUGAGUCCAGUCUUUGAUUUUACAACUCAUUAAACGUUGUUGAAAUGUUUAAUUUAAUCCUUUUAAUGAAAUCUUGAACUUGAUUAUUUUCAAUUAAUUUCCUAACUCGGAAUUAUUCCUGAUAGAAAACAGUACCAAAUAACAAAUAUAUAUACCAGACUUUUCAUGUGAAAUGAGUGAAGGGGGUGUAGGAAAAUUCAAGAUGGCUGUUACAGACGAUACAGGGUCUACUUUGAGGUCCGUGAUACCCAUCUUAGAUUUUUACUGGUUAUAUGAUAGGUCAGUAGUUCUGCUCGCUGAUUGGACAAUCUCACUACGAGGCCUAAUCAUGACAGAAGAAAACAAUCACUUGAUAUAGUUUUGGUUAAGAUUUGAGAUAUGCUCCAUACUUUAUGUACAUCAACAGUUAAUAGAUAGUGAAACUUCAGGGUCAGAUUCUGUCAAAAGCAUCCAUCAUUUUUCAACAGCCAGGAAUCUGCUGAAAGCUUACUUGAACCGACUUAGCUUCCCAUACCUGAAUGUUCAAUAUUUAUCGUUAUAUGUGUAAAUAGUAUGAAACAUACAGCCCUCAGUCAUACAGUGACGGAUAUAAAUCUAUCCUGUGAAUACUAAUCUUGUACAAUGCAGAAUUUGCAUGUAGAGUUAUCUCUCUUCCUUCGUCGAUAAAGAUGGUUCUCGGAAAGAUGAGUUCGUUUUGUGCACAUUCUGGUAAGAUUAUACGAUCUACGGCCAAAACGUUCCACUGACUACUUUCAACUUUGCUAACAAGGAUGUGAGACACAUGAAUGUUAUAACUUUAGAACGUCAGUAUUCAAAACAUAUACAAAGCAUUGUAGUACAUGUAUGUCAUUGUGGAUGAUCUUCUUGCAACAUCAUGAUGAAACGGAUUAAACAUGUCAAGUAUAUCAAGACUGGGUAUAUCA